AUGAUUGAUCCGGAAGAAGAGAAAGCGUUAAGAAAAGAGAUGAUUAGAUCAAAACUGGACGCUUUGAAAGCCAAACAAUCGUCUUCUGAAAGCGAAAGUCAAAUGAUUGUAUGCGGAAUUCAAUCACACGUUUGUGACAACGCUUUCGACAAUCAUAUACUCAGUACGUGUCGGCAAAUCUUGACUCAGUACUCGUCAACACCUCAAGCAAUCAUAGGGUUACCAAACCAUACGGUUAUGUCAUUUCAAAGCGAACAGAAUUUAGUGGAUAUAGUGUUUAGCAUUAAGUUGAAUGCGACCACAAAUCGGGUAGUGAUGGACAUCGACCCGAAGCGAUCGAUGGCCUCGCAGCAUAUGUCAAACAGUGUUUGGUUUGGCUGUCCGUCGGAUAUCUGUUUGAAUGCAGCGAUCGAUGCAAUGAUUCCCAUAAAUGAGAUGUUUUACUAUAUAUUUAGUGGCAAUUAUUACUGGAAAUGGGAUUUAAGAGACAAAUUCACCGCUUUUUCGGAUAACAAGAAUGAAUCGAAACAAUGGAAACAACUCUCGACUCUUUUCCCUAAUAGUGAAUACCCUUUGGAUGCCAUCCAUUGUGACCGCACUUACAGUGAAUGCUAUUUAUAUAAAGGCGAUAAAAGGAAAUUGUUUUCAAAGGAUUUGAGCGAUAAGUUUGUGUUUAAAGACGAAACUCUGCUCAAUAGUGUCGGACUUCCGGACAAUUUGGACGCGGGUUUUACCGAUGAAAACGGGGAUCAGAUUUAUGUCAAAAACAAUUAUCUCUUUUGGAAAGAGUACGGAAUCUUAAGGCAAAAAAUAAUUCAACGCUUUUAUAAAUGUCGCGAUAAUUACUACAAAAAUUUCUUGAAUACUGAAUUGAAUUCGUGGCAAAAGUUUAGUAAAGACAUCAAAAAAUAUGAUGUCAUUAAUUUCAAAGAGCUUACUAUACCGGCGCCGACUACACCCAAACCCACGAUUGCUGUGACCACUGAAUCUCCCGAUACAACACAAUUGACAUUCCCGUCACAAACCUCUCGCACGCCUACGAAAGACUAUAAGAAUUAUAUUUUAAUUGGUUGUAAACCACUAAUCCGGAAGAAGAGAAAGCGUUAA